ACUUCCUCCCGUCGCACAGUGAAAACGUUCCCCAGUCGACCCUGCUGCGGGAACUUUUGUUUUUCCGCUCUCCCGGCGGGCUAGUGCUGGGACCUGUUCGUCAGGCCACCGGGAACGGACGGAGCAGCGGGGCGGAGCGGUGUUUGCAAUGGCUGCUGCUGUGAACUUGGAACUCGAUCCCAUUUUUUUGAAAGCACUAGGCUUCUUACAUUCAAAGAGUAAGGAUUCUGCUGAAAAGCUAAAAGCACUACUUGAUGAAUCUUUGGCUCGGGGCAUUGAUUCAAGUUACCGACCAUCUCCAAAGGAUAUGGAGCCACCCAAAAUUUCAAGCACAAAAACUGUGUCUGUUAAGCAAGAGCCCAAAACAACAUCCAGUCUUCCUUCUGGCAAUAAUAAUGGCAAGGUCCUUACAACUGAAAAGGUAAAGAAGGAAGGUGAAAAGAGACCUGCUGAUAAAAUGAAAUCAGAUGUCACUGAAGGAGCUGAUAUUCCAAAGAAACCAAGAUUGGAGAAGCCAGAGACACGGUCUUCUCCCAUUACUGUCCAAACCAGCAAGGAUUUGGCUAUAGCUGACCUUUCCAGCUUUGAGGAGACGAGUGCUGAUGAUUUUGCCAUGGAGAUGGGAUUGGCCUGUGUUGUUUGUAGGCAAAUGACAGUGGCAUCAGGUAAUCAAUUAGUAGAAUGUCAGGAAUGCCAUAAUCUCUACCAUCAAGAUUGCCACAAGCCCCAGGUGACAGACAAGGAAGUGAACGACCCUCGCCUUGUGUGGUAUUGUGCCCGAUGUACCAGACAAAUGAAGAGAAUGGCUCAAAAAACUCAGAAACCUCCACAAAAACCAGCCCCCACAGUUGUUUCUGUAGCUCCAGCUGUCAAAGAUCCAUUGGUUAAGAAACCAGAAACUAAACUCAAACAAGAGACAGCUUUUCUAGCAUUUAAGAGAGCAGAAGUCAAGACAUCCACGCUUCUUUCAGGAAAUUCUUCUGGUACCAAUGUUUCCUCUUCAGCAACUAGUGGACUAAUUGGAUGGGCAGCUUUUGCAGCUAAAACAACUUCUGGUGGUCCAUCAACAGCAAAAUUGAAUUCAACAACCCAAAACAAUAGUGGAAAACCUGCUACCUCAUCAGCUAACCAGAAGCCUGUGGGUUUGACUGGUCUGGCAACAUCAUCCAAAGGUGGAAUAGGUUCCAAAAUAGGUUCCAGUAACAGCACUUCCCCCACUGUACCAUUGAAACCACCGCCACCUCUAACUUUGGGCAAAACGGGCCUUAGUCGCUCAGUUAGUUGUGACAAUGUUAGCAAAGUAGGUCUUCCCAGUCCAAGUAGUUUGGUUCCCGGAAGCAGCAGCCAACUAAGUGGGAAUGGAAAUAGUGGGACAUCAGGGCCUAGUGGAAGCACCACUAACAAAACCACUUCAGAAUCAAGCAGCUCUCCCUUAGCAUCCCUUAAAGGUCCAACUUCCCAAGAAUCACAGCUCAAUGCCAUGAAGCGAUUACAGAUGGUCAAGAAGAAGGCUGCCCAAAAGAAACUAAAGAAGUAAUGUGGCCAAGUAGGUUUUUAUAUCACAUUACCCUGAAGAUUAAAAUCUUAUUAAGACAGUAACUGUAAUAUACUAUAAUUUAAUAAAAAUAUUCAUAAUGAAAUUUCUAUUAUUUCAUACCUUAAAAUGCUAAAUAUUAUUUAGCAAGACUUAAAAAUGUUUUAAAUGUAUUUAACAUUUUUUAUUUUGAUAAUUUUCAUAGUGUGUGAAAACAGUGAUUACAAUGACUAAUUCUUUUUUUUUUUUUUUGUCUUUUUAGGGUCACACCAUGGCACAUGGGGGUUUCCAGGUUAAGGGUCAAAUCAAACCAUAGCCACCCGCCAUCACUAAAGCAUGAUCCAAGCUGCAUCUGUAGUCUACACCGCAGCUUGCAGCAGCGCUGAAUCCUUUAACCCACUAAGCGAGGGCAGGGAUCAAACUUGCAUCCUCAUGGAUACUAGUCCGAUUCUCAACUUGCUGAGCCACAGUGGGAAUCCCAGAAUGACUAAUUCUUGAUGAGAACUUCUGGAAUCCUCUACGACUGGUGAGAAUUAAAAAAAAAAAUCAUCUAGCAAAGUCCCAAGAAUCGAUCCUACUGAAUACAAGGGGGCAGGGAUGACCUAAUAAUAAAGUUUUCUACUCCCUGCCCCCCCCAGAGUCUGGAUAUUCAGUGUCAGUUCCCAGCCUCCUUGCAAUUGAUUCUCCCUCUCCCUCCAAAUAUUUCAUUUCCCCUUUUUUAAGAUUAAUUUUUCAUAAUAUAUUUCUCAUAUCCCCAUAUUAUAUUUUUAUCUUUCAUCACCUCAUAUCAGUUAUUUAGGGAUUUAUAUCUUCCAGUUGUGAACUCCCAUGCCCUUUCAAUGCAAUACUUUUCUCACAUUGCCCAUUUUCCUCACCUGGACAGUGUAAUAUAUGCACUGUAUGUAUUUUCCUGUUUACACACAUACCUGAAAAUUCUUUUUUUUUUUUUUUUUUUAGGGCUGCACCCAUGGCAUAUGGAGGUUCCCAGGAUAGGGAUCAAAUCUGAGGUGUAGCCACUGGCCUACACCACAGCCACAGCAACGCCAGAUCUGAGCUAUGUCUGCAACCUACACCACAGCUCACAGCAACACCAGAUCCUUAACCCACUGAGCAAGGCCAGGGAUCGAACCUGCAUCUUCAUGGAUGCUAGUCAGAUUCAUUUCUGCUGAGCCAUGCCGGGAACUCCCCUGAGAAUUCUUGAGGAAAAUACUCAUUCCAAGAAUCUUUGUGGAUGAAUAAUUUCAGAUUUGUUUACAUACUGAUAGCUUCUUCCUAUACCAUGAAAAAGCUAAUUUUAUCUCUGAAAAAUCACAGCAAGUUACCUAAUUUUAGUUAACUUUGUAUAAAAGCUCCCAUAUUAAUUAAUUCUUGAGAUUGCAUUGAAGCAUGUGUGUGCACAGUUAAGUCAGAAAGUGUGACCUGAGUUGUUGCCUUAUUUGCAAGCUUGUAAAUUAUCCUGCUGUUGUUUUACAUAUAUAUUCUGACAGAAGACAUGAGGCUUCCUGGAUCACAGAAAUUGUUUAUUGCUCACAGCAAAGUGUAGCAGCCAUUCUGUACUUCAUAAAUACCUCAUUUCAUCCAGAAACUAGAAGUCCAGCAAAUUCCUACAUUCACUAAGCUGAGUAGCCCUGUUCCUUCAGCUUUCACUUAUGCUAUUAAACCUUUACUAUAAACCUUUAAACUCAAGCCCUUUCUCUUAAUCCCUAUAUUUUUCUAAUGUCAGUGUUCUAAAAUAUGUUGAUAAAUGAUUUCCAUGAAGAUAAAGCUUGAUCUUUUUUUUUCUUUUUUGACUGCCUGGAGGCAUAUGGAGUUCCUGAGCCAGGGAUCAGAUCCAAGCCAUAGUUCCAACCUAAGCCUUAGCUGCAGCAACACCAAUCCUUAACCCACUGGGCCAGGCGGGGGAUCGAGCCUGUGUCCCAGGGCUCCCCAGAUGCUUGCUGCCAACCCCAUUGCACCACAGAGGGAACUCCAAGCUCGGUGGGUUUUUUUUUAAAGGAAAGAUGUUUUAAACUGCUCUGUUAAAUAAUGGCACUAAAUUACUUAUGGUAAAUUUUAAUUCACUGAGAUAAUCCCAUUACUUACAAAAUGAAGUAAACAUCUCUUUACAUGUUUAAAAUCUGCCCACAGAUGUUUUUGUUUUGAGAAACACAGAUUUCUGUUGAUUAAAUAUCAAUUUGGCAUCAACUUCAGGCCCCUUUUAGUGUCAAAGACCAAAAUAUAAAUAUUUUCACCAUUAUUUGUUUAUAGUUCCGGACCAGUUUAGGCUAAACUGGAGACAAAAUGACAUAACAUAAGCUCAGCAGUUAAUAUAACCUUAGUACCUAUAAGAAAUUAAAGCAGUAAUGCACAGUUUGCACAUUAGCACUUGAAAUGGAAAAUUUUAUCCUAGUGUGGUCAAAACAUGUGCUGGAUAGAGUUGAAAAAAAAAAGCAAUUAUUUUACUUUCUAUAGUAUUUCUGAGAAGACUUUAGAAAAUUGUUUAGGAAGUAAUUUAACUUUUAUUGGGCAUAGCCUUUUGAAUAAAUUAUAUGUAUGUAUAAAUACAUAUUUAGCAUCUGCACAUAUGGAUAAGAUACAUAUAUCUACUAAUGUAUAACUCUGGUAUUUCAUAGAGGUAUAUUUGGUAUUAGGGUUUAAUUGUCCUCAGGUAGCUCUUAGACCUUGAUUUUUCCAUAUGUGAAAUAAGGUGUUUUAACUGAGCAUGUGAUGAAAGUGGCCAGCUUUAUAUUAAUAGUAUUUAUAAUUUAUUUUGUUAUGUAGUUUGAUUUUCCCAUAGAGUGAAGUUCACUGAAGGCAGGGAUUUUCUGUGUCUUGCACCCCAUGGGUAUUUCCACUGCAGCUCUUGGCUCAGAAUGAAUACAUAUGUAGGUGAGUCAGAAAGUAAGCUUUUAGUAAAAAUUGUUAAGUUCAAAUUCCAUUUUAGAAAUGUGGUCAAUAUCACUUUUCUGUUUUGCAUAUUGUGCUUUGUAUUAGAUUAUUUAAUCAGAGAUUUUAGUGACUAAAAAAAUGCCUUAAUACCUGGUUUCAAAUGCCAGUCCCUCCAUGUAUUAGCUGUGUAAUCUCAUUUUCCUCCUUUAUAAGACAUAAAUGAUAAUGAGAUAACAUGGAAGCCCUCUAAUAUUCACAGGUUAGGUGAUUCUGACUCUUAACAAGGAUGUGGUAGUACUGCUUAUUAGAAACAUUAUAAACUGUGGUGACCACAGGUUACAUAGGAAAUACAUCAUUUUACAGAAAUAAAUUUUUAUUAGUGCAAUAAUUAUAAAAAUUAUGUAAGAAAGAAAGCCAUACAUUUACAUACCAUAAAAUUAUUUCUGUAAAGACAAGCUGUAUUUAGUUUACUAAGAAUAUGUUCCCUAGAUUUUUGAACAAGAAAUCUCUUUGAAGUGUAUACCAAAAUGUGACUUAUGCUACUGAAAAAUUAAAAGCAAAUCUUGUCUAUAUCUAGAGUGUAAUAUUGUGAGUGCAGUAGUUGGCUUAUAGAGACUCAGCUUAAAUUCUAGUGGCCCUGGAGUAAAGAUUUGUUAUAUUGGAAUAAUUUUGCAGAUCAUAGAGAAUUUAAUGACUGACUUUUUAUAUAUACUCUUUAGCAUGUGUGAGAGGAGGAAAUAAUGGAAAAAAAUCAGACUUUAAAAAUAGUAGCAUUCUAAAUAGUAAGGUGUUCCUAGAGAAUAUAAAUUCUACUGUCCUUCCUGUCAAUGAAAUUUAAUUCCUUCCUUAUCAACUGUGAUGUUAACUUAUAUGUCUAAUUUUAGCUUAAAUUUUGUGAUGUUUCUAGAUGUAAUCAGCAUUGAGUAACUUAAGCCAUAGUUAUGACAAAUAGGAUUUUUUUUUUUUUUUUUUUUUUUUUUGCUUUUUAGUGUUGCCCCUGCAACACAUGGAGGUUCCCAGGCUAGGGGUUGAAUUGGAGCUGUAGCUGCCAGCCUAUACCACAGCCAUAACAACUUAGGAUCCAAGCCGUGUUUGACCUAUUCCACAGCAACACCAGAUCCUUAAUCCCCUAAGCGAGGCCAGGGAUCAACCUGCAUCCGCAUGGAUACUAGUUAGAUUCAUCUCAGCUGAGCCGUGACAGGAACUCCCAACAAAUAGGAUUUAAAUAAAGUGAUUUUACCAUGACUUUGAGUGGUUUUUACAAUCAAUAAAAACCCAAAAAACUUAUGGGAAAAAAUGAAGUUUUUUUUGUAAAUCGUCUGAAUAUUCAGCACAAAUAAUGAUAGGCAAUUAAUAGCCAUCUCUAAAAGUCCAAAUUAUAUUUUAAGCAAGAUACGGAAUACACUAGCACUUAAAGUAUAUCAUGCAGUGCUGCAUUUAUAUGAUUAACAAUGUGCAUUAUAUCUCUUCUGCACAAUCCCUCCUUCAUAAAUUGUUUUAUACUAAUAAAUACUAAAAUCAGAUGUUUUUCUGAAAUGUAUGGAAUGUUCAAGUAAGUAGUGGCUUUGUGACUUUUUCACAUGAUUUAAGCACCCACAGUAAUUUUGUAUUACUGGAUUUUUUAUGACUUCUAAACUUUAUUAUGUAUGUUAGUUUAAAGCUCUAUUUUAAAAUAAAUACUAAAUAAAAUGUAUACACCUGUUCAUUUGUUUUAUGAAGAAAAACAACCACAAAAGUUUCCCCUUCAUUCUUGGUAAAAAUACCUAUUUCAGAGAAUUCUUUACUAUACAAUAUCAUUUAAUUUUAAAGAUAUAAAGAAAGAAUAUAUAUUAGCUUACCUGGCCUUAAUUAUAAUGAUGUCACCAACAAUUUUAUCUGUUUAAACUUCUUGAAGACUUAUACACAUCAAACUGUCUUGGGAUUUUAUUUCCCUUAGGCUCAACAAAAUAAUGCCUGACCUCAAAAUUACAAUUACUUGAUUUUAAAUAACAUACUUAGAAAAAUGAAUAUAUUGCAUGAUGCUUUUUAAAAAGCCUAAAUGAAAUAUGAAAUGUAGGUCAUAUUUUUAAAAUAGCAAAAACAGAGUUUUAUAGUAAUGUAUGUUCACCGGAAUAGUGGGAGACUGCAGAGGGUGGCUUCAUUACAACUCUUGCUCAGCAACUAACUGCAGCUAUGCUUUCAGUGCUGUGGUUCCUUCUAAGGUUAGACAGGAAGCAUCAAUCUGAACACCAUACGUGGGUAGACAAAACUUCUCAUAUACAACUAGUCUCUUGUUUUAGCCAGAAAAGCAGAUGUUACUCAUAUAAUUCCUCUUUUUUUUUUUUUUUUUUUGGCAGGGGGAGUAUUAAGGUCACAGCUAAUUUAAAUUAUAUAAAAUUUCUCCACUAUUUUGGUUGUUGGGUAUGUUCAUAGUUUCCACAAGUAAGAGAUUUGGAUUUCCUUUUGCUCUAUACUAAGAAAACUGGAAUUUACUUAUAUUUCAUUAUUGGGCACAAAGAAUCAUUUAAAAGACAUAAAAAGUCCUUGUAUAAUCCAAAAAAGGGAGUCUUCUUUUGGUACCCAACUCAAUACAAAAAAAUAUUUUAUGCAAAAACAACUUACAAAAAGAGCCCUAAAAACCCAAGUUUAGAUUAAGAAUUUUAGAAACAAUAUCAUUAAAUAGAAAUUUUUCUGGCAUGUAAAAAGCUUUAUGAAUUUCUCUGGCUGUACAUGUCAUGUAUGUUAAAGUCAACAGCUCUCUGAGAAGCAGCAUUUUAUUUUUGUAUUCCUUAGUAAUAAUAUGUAACUAGAGAUCAAGGUUUUGAAAGUAAUUUUAAUUUUAAUCUUAAAAUUUAAUAUAUUAACAUUUUAUGUGGACAAUGAAAAUCCACCUUAUUUUGGUUUUUAAAGAAAACAAGUCAAAUUUAAUCUUUUUUUCUGUUCUGAAGAAGCAUCUAUUUAGUUUAAUAAAAUGUCUUGGACCAAAUAUGCCUAGUUCUGAGCUAUUCCUAAAUUAAAGCUCAGUGUCCCAGGACAUUGUGUUACAGCAAAUGUUAUCCUCAAUGCCUGCCUUGUCUGAGUACAAAUCAGCAACUAAAAAUAUUUACAUCUUGGCUCAGAACAUGGAACACACAUUCCCCAUUCAUCAUCUACAUAAUUGGGCUAUCCAAAAAUAUUUUCUCAUUAAAGUAUCAUUAGUGAUCAUGUCAGAUAGUUUUUAAACAAUGAUAUUUUCAAAUAUUUAAGCAAAAAAUAAAAAUAAUAAACCUAGAUACUUCCUUUUCUCUAGGCUAAUAGCACAAGUUCCUAUAACCCUCGAUUUUGAGAAACUUCUCAAUACUUAACUAUGAACUUAAGAGGAAAAUAGUCUUCAUCAGUGUUCAUUAUUUGCAUCACUUAGUUCUUUGCUAAUAGUAAAUGUGUACCAUGUAGUGGUUAGGAGUAUGGACCUCAGAACCAGACCUGCAUUUGGGUUUCAGCCCCUACCACUUAGUAGCAAUGUGACUUGGGCGAAAUAAAUUACUUUACCUCUUUGGGCCACAAUUUCCUCAUUCAUGUUGUAAGUAUGGAGUAAGUUCCCACAUAUAAAAAAAGCAUAACAAUGUCUGGCAUGUGGUGUGCAUUCAGUAAAUGUUAGAUAUUAAUUACUAUUAUGUUAUUCGGGGUUUUGUUUUUUUUUUUGAAAUUUAAGUUAUAGAGGGCAUCCACAUCAGACUUUUAGUUGACUGUUAACUAUGUAAUCAAUUCGUAUUCUUAAGUCUAUUUAGUACACUUCCUGAGUCAUGCAUAUAUGUGUCUAUAUGAUAUAGUACACAUAUAUAUGUGUAAACUGUACAGUGUAUAUGGUCUGCGUGUGUGUAUAUAUGUGCAUACACAUGCAAAAAUAUAAAAAACAUUAAGGCAAAAUACAUAAUACAGAAAAGUAAAAUACAGUAAAUCAAAAAUAACUUGUCCUUAGCUCUGACCUCUCAUGACGAUAAAGAAAUACAUUUACCUUUUCAGAAGAUCACUUUUUUAAGUAGCUGAUAGUUGGAAUUUUGGCUGUUUGUUUUGCUAUUUCUGUUUGUUUAGUGCCCCCUUCAACAUGUAUUCUUCAUAACAUAUUUUGAAAUAAUCUUGUUAGGAAGCAUAGUCUACCUUAAAACCUGGUAUGAUAUCAGUUCAUGUAAUUUGGAAGUUUCUUGAUUUUUAGGCCAACAUUUUGUAAUGUCAGUUUUAUGAGGUAGUCAAUCAACAACUUGCCAGAAAAUAAAAGUCAAAGGCUUAUUUUCUUAAGCAUAAGUCAUCUUCCCAAGGUAGUUAGCUGGAACAUAGCCUUUCUGCCCUUGAACUUCAGCUAACCACCACUCUUUAUUGCCGCUUAAGUCACAAAAUCUAAGUAUGUGGACUCUUUGGUAUUCCUUAAGGCUGAGUUCAUGGUCACUCCGUGCUUGAAAGGCAUGAACUGCAUAGAAAAUCUAGACAGAGAAGAAAUGACAUUAUUAGAAGCAGACAAAAAUUUAGACAAACAAUAAAGAUUUCCAAGCUUUUAGAAGAAAUGCUAAAGUUUUCUUAUUUUUCCAAAAUCGCAUUUCCCCAACUCCUUUGUUGGAUUUAUUUUGCUAAAGAUGAAAAUAGAGUGAAACUGCCAUUCUUGCUGUUCUGCUGGGAGGGGUCUAAACUGUCUAUUCUUGAAGACAAUUUGGUACUUUCUAUUAAAAGAUUUUUUAAUGUUAACUCUUUUAAUGAUAGCUCUGAGUCUCUUCUACAGAAAUAGAAAUAUUGGCAAAAAUAUUACACAGUAAUAUUGCAGUACUCACUUAAAAGGUGAACAGUGGGAGGAAAGUUGGAAUAAAGUUUCGCAAAAAAAAAUAGUUAAAUUCUAGAUGCUUACACUAAGGAAAUUUGUAGUCACAAAAUAGUGUUUUCUGAAACUAAUAACACAGGAAAAUUCUUAUGAUAAAAUUCUAAGCCCCCCAAAGAUAUAAAAUCAGAUGUGCAAUAUAAUAUUGUUAGACUAAGAUGUUAAUAUUCUUUGAACAGUGGAAUUAGAGGUGAUUCUCAUUUUUAUUCCCUUAUUUUACAAAUUUUGUAAUGACAAUAUAUUAAAAUUAUAAUUUUAAGUUAUUUGAGUGACCUAGGGAAACUAAUAAAAUAUAUUUCAGUCAAAAGAAUUUUUCUGUGUGUUCCCAUCAUGGCACAGUGGAAACGAAUCCAACUAGGAACAUGAGGUUGCGGGUUCAAUCCCUGGCCAUGCUCAUUGGUUUAAGGAUCUGGCAUUGCCAUUAGGUGUGGUAUAGGUUGCAGAUAUGGCUCAGAUCCUGCAUUGCUGUGGCUGUGGUGCAGGCCACCAGCUGUAGGUCCAUUUCGACCCCUAGCCUGGGAACCUCCAUGUGCUGCGGAUGCAGCCCUAAAAAGCAAAAAAAAAAAAAAA